GUGGCACCGAUCUGGUAGCAACACACGUCGACUUUCUAUGGUAUCGAGUAGACGCAAGGGGUGCAAAUUGAGUUCAUCGAAUCAAAAACAUUCCGUGCACAGACAGGCGUGUUGAAAACUUUUAGCAUUCAUUAUGUCAGCUAUUAUUAGAAGAAUUAUCAACACCGCUAAAGCCCCAGCGGCAAUUGGGCCGUACAGUCAGGCCGUGGUGGUGGACCGCACUAUGUAUGUGAGUGGGCAGUUGGGGAUGGAUCCAGCGUCCGGCCAGCUGGUGGCAGGUGGAGUGCAAGCUCAGGCCAAGCAGGCGCUUAUAAAUAUGGGAGAGAUUCUCAAGGAGGCCGGAUGUGGGUAUGAAAAUGUUGUGAAAACAACUGUUCUUCUGGCCGACAUGAAUGAUUUCAACAGUGUCAAUGAGGUCUACAAGCAAUUCUUCCAGAAGAGCUAUCCUGCCAGGGCUGCGUAUCAGGUGGCUGGCCUGCCCAGAGGUGGGCUAGUUGAGAUUGAGGCAGUGGCCGUGCUUGGCCCCAUCGCAGACGCUUAGGCCUCACGGCACACACGUGGACCGUUCAUCUGGACGUACGGAGCUCAGCAUUUCCAAACGAGUGCCUUGGAGGAACCAGCGACCUCCUCGACUCAUCUCCUCACAGAGGCGGACGUCCAAUAUCCUGAGCUUCAAUGUAGAUUAAUUAUGUGGUAAUCAUAAAGGGAUUAGAGCAGUGUUUUUCAACUUUGGGGUCGGGACCCCAUGUGGGGUUGCCUGAAAUGUCUAGGUGUGAAAAAAGAAUACUGGUGCAUCUAUAAAUUUAACAUAUUAAUAUUCGGAUGGAAACAUGGCAUAUAAUCUCACAUAGACUUUCAUAAAUAUCUGGAAGUGUAAUUGUUAGUGAUGGGGUUUUUUUUUGGCCACAGAAAUUUGGGAUGUCAAAAUGAGGUCCCCGGCCAACAAAGGUUGAGAACCACUGGAUUAGAGCGUGGGUUUUGAUUAGGCCGCGUGGGGCCCUUGGUUUUGGGGGGCCCGUGCCUUGUCACCGCAGCUGCCUGCUUUCACUUUCCUCAUUAAGCCUUCAUGAGCAUGCGUUUGGGGCCACUCUACCGAUGCGAUAGCUCCUGCCCAUUUUGUCUUCCUGCCUGCGCUUCAUAUUUCAGUAUUGUUCUGAAAGCCAGUAUAGUCAACUCCCUCAGGGGAGCUUGUGGUAGCUAUGCACUUAAAUAGCCCUCCGCUUAUAUUAGCAUGAAAUGGUGCUCAGAUUUUUCUCCAAUUACAGUUUAUUGUUUUUUAAUCAACUGUUAUAUCAUAGCUCUUUUUUUGUACUUAAAUUGGAGAUGGUACUGAACUGUUCUUAUGACUGAUGCAUAUGAACUGGAAGAAAAAAAACAAUGUUGCACUAUUCAAAUUUGUUAUAAAAUAAAUAAAAAUGAAUGAA